AGGGAUAUUUAGGUGUGAUAAACAAAUUGUAAUAGCAUUUAAACUGGGUGUGCAAACCCAUUAAGUUUCCUUUAAAUCAAGUAGGCCUCAUAGCUUGUCAAACGUAAACAUUCUUAUUGCUGCAAUGGGCGGACACGGACAUCACGGAGAACCCUACACGGUGCCCCACGCAUCGGCCUACAAGGUGGAGAAUGUGCCUCAGCUGUUGGAGGUGAAGGAGGCGCUGGCCCGGCAGGGAUUGAAGGAUCCAUGGCUAAGGAACGAAGCCUGGCGCUACGAACCCAAGGGCUUCGGCACCCACAGAUCCCGUCUGAACACCUUCCUCUUCCGCGGUCUCGGCGUGGGAUUCUGUGCCUUCCUGGCCACCGUUGCCGUGGAGUACGGUUUGGGCAUUGGCAAGGGCCAGGGUGGUCAUGGACAUGGUCACGGCGACGAGGAACACGGCGAUAAGUCGGGUCACCAUUAGCUAAAUUGAAUAUGCCGAAUAAACCCUCUGUUCUCUCGCUCCGAA